AGACGGCGUUCACCCGCAUCACCGCCAAAAUCCCGAAAGGGACGAAGAAACUCGCGCUCAUGUCUGGCAGAACGGUGGAGACGGCCGUCAAGAAGCGCACGACGGUCGGCUGGCUCAGCGUGGGCAAGGGCAGUGGCUGCUCGUGCCAGUGCAGGAAUCCAGAGAGCGAGGAUGGCUUCCCUAGGACCUUCGGCUGCGUCUGCAUGUCGCUCACGAUCCUCUCCAAAGAGCACCUGCUGCUCAUCUUCGCCUUCUGGUUCGGAUGGAUCACACUGGCGAUGGAGAUUUUCCACAUGGGCGCUGCGAAGAGGCAGGUGGACCAAGGCUCGCACAUGAUGCACGCCUUUGGAGUCGCCAUGGCCUUCGUCACGCAGUUCAGCUUGAUAGUCAUGCUGAUACGGUUCGAGCAGGUGGACGUAUUGCAACAGCUAGAACGCGAGGUCAAGACUUUGGCCAAGCAGAACGAGGCCGUCG